AUACUAAUUAAGUUUAGGUCGUAAAAACAAUUAAGUGAUGAUUGCUAUAAAUCAAAUAAAUUUUAAAAUUUGUCGUUCAAAAGCGAGUUCACGUUAGCUGAAAAACAUGUACAUAAUCGUGUGCUUUAUAAUUUCAACUGCAAAUCAAUAUGCAUGCGAGAGGACAUCUGCAAUAGCUUCAACAAGAGGAAGUUUGUCGCACACGAUUUCAACAAUCCUUCCAACACAAACCUCGGCAACGCUGUCAAGCGUCAACAGCCACUUUUCUCUUCCCACACAAAAUGAGACGAAUGGAAGACAUGGGUUGUUGCCAUCCACAAAACGUUUAAUUAUCGUCUUUGGAACGGCGUCUGGUAUAGGUGUUAUAAUGUUUCUCUCGUUUUUAAUGGCCCUCACACUUAGGAAUUUGCACAGAUAGAUCUUCAUCAGAAAGACAAAAACAUAGGACGAUCAGAUUGGAAAAAGGUUUUGAAACUUAUCGUCAAGUAAACACAAGCGAUGUCGUACGGUAAUUAUGUUGAUUAGAUGACAAAAAAAUGUCAGCUUUGACACGUUUGAACUUUCCAGGACGACCUGUUUUUAUGAGAAUUAUAAAAAAAUGACGAAUGAGCUGAAAUAAAUGAUAAAUUUUUAGAAUUGUAAAUAUAGUAAUUAUUAUUAGUUCACAUAAUAAAUAUUAUUAGAAGCGAGAAAAGAACUGCAUAGAAAUAUAACAGGAUAAACUACCCCUCCACAAAUUUUUUUAUCUUUUUCACCUUAUA